UGUGAGGAAGAGGUGGGGGGAGAGCUGGGAGUGAAUCUGGCAGCUAUAGAGACUUAGUAAUUGCCCAGAUCCUUCAAAUCGGAGCUGUCACUGGGAGAGUCGCGGCGGAUCCCUUGUUAGAGAGAAAGGCACCGCUUGACCUCUCCGGUUUUAGCUUCUGGAUGAAAGCCAGUGAGCUCAGGAAGAAGAAAGAGAUCCAGGCAGGAUUUCACAGCACACGAACACGCACAUACACACAGACGAGAGAGUGGGAAGGAAGACAAUGAGAAGACGGAGGGGACAGUCCCACUGACAUCUGGAUACUUUUUAUUCUCCAGUAGAGCUCGCAGCCAACUGCCACCAGCCGGAGCGCUUCUGGAGCCGGUGGAGCUCCCUCAGUUUCUUGGAAUGCUAAAGAGAAUUGUAGAAUACUGACAGCAGAUUAAACAAAAACAAGUGAUCCAUCCCGUCCGACCUUCCGUGAAUGGCUGAAAGCUCCCCCCCGGGGCACCUCUGGCAUGGCAAGGAAUUAACCCACUUGUGAUCACUGCUAUGGUUUGGCUCACAAGCCUAUCUUGGCAUACUGGAUCUGGCCAAGGAUGCCUUUGUGUACCAGGUCAGGGUUCCCCAGCUCAAAGGUGAUUCUCUAGUGGACAGAUGAGAACAAAAGGAUGACUAGCUGGGCCAGCCGCUUUCUCAAUGGUCUUAUCUUGUUUCUCCUGGUGAUGUCUUCAAAAGCCUCCUCUUCUCAUUUUCGCGUCUGUGAGCCCUAUACAGACCAUAAAGGGCGAUAUCACUUCGGGUUCCACUGCCCGCGCCUUUCAGACAACAAGUCGUACAUCCUGUGCUGCCACCAUAACAACACUGUCUUCAAAUACUGCUGCAAUGAGACGGAGUUCCACAGCGUCAUGCAUAUGAACCUCACCCUGGGCUCAGAUGGAUAUAUGCACAACAACUACAGUGCCAUGGUUGGCGUCUGGGUUUAUGGAUUUUUCGUGGUGGUCCUGCUGGUCCUGGAUCUGUUGUAUUAUUCUGCAAUGAACUAUGAGAUUUGCAAGUUGUACCUGGCAAGGUGGGGGAUCCAAGCCAAAUGGAUGAGGCAAGGACAGAGGCAGUGGAGCAAGACGACACAAGAGCCUUGCCAAGCACAGACUCAGAUGUCACAUGCUGUACACACAUUAAAAGGAGACACUGUUAGCCCAACAAUGAUGUCCUUUCAGACUUCUACAGCCUGAAUAACUCCAGUGCCUAAAGACAGGAGAAGAUUAUCACCCAGGUGAAGAGAGUGUGAUCAGAAUGCCAACUCUGGCGCAAGAAGGACUAGAAGUGGAUUGACAUUUGCGGGAGCGCUUUAAAGGCGCUUCGGCGUGACGGACUUUUAAGGUCAUCUGCGCGUACUUUCUUAGCUGUUUGUAAGCAAUAUUUUUAUUUCUAACGUGAGAAGAUUAUUUUUAAAUUGGACUGUCGACACAGAAUAAGAGGGCGGCCUCAAAGCAGUAAUGGGAAAGAAGAAUACGGGGACCAUUCAAUAAAAGUAAUGGUGGGCCAUGACUCCCUGCCUUCUAUGUCGAUUCGUUGUCAAGUAUCUAGUCUGUGUGUGAGAAUAUGUACGGGCUGGCCUCAGUGCUUUACAGAAAAGGUAUAUAAUAUGAGGUUGUAGUGUAUAAUGUAGAUUACAUGGAUGUUAAAGAAGAAAAAGAGAGGGUCUUCAGAGAACAGAGAACUGCAACAGUUAUUUUUAAAUGAUGAACCUUUC